UUCGUGUGGAGGAAGAGACUGAACGUGUCAAGCAUCAUCUCAGGAUGUUUGUUCUCUUCUGGGUGACUCUGUUUUUCUCUGUGAGAGGCAGAAGUGCUGACACAGACUCAUCAACUGGAUUAAAACAACACUGUGGUCCAAUAGAUGGCUACUGUGUUAGUCUCAGUGAGGGAACCAUAACAGCAGAGGCUGGACUCUGUGUUGUGAUACCAUGUUCUUUCACUACUGGUUAUGCCUUUACACCCUCCGCUAUAGUGUGGUACAAAUGUGAUCCAUCAAAAGAAAGGUGUGAUGACUCUGACAUCAUAUUCCACUCCAGGAAAAACAAUGAAAAAGCUCAGUCUGGAUUCAUAGGACGAGUGUCAUCUUUAGAGCCUGAUGUGAGACAGAGAAACUGCAGCAUCAUGAUUAAUGAUCUGAAUGAGUCUGAUUCUGGAUUAUAUCAACUCAGAGUUAAUGGAGACCUGAAUGGGAGGACAGAUGGAUUUACAUACCCUUCAAGAUCAUCUGUCUCUGUUAAAGGUGUCAGUCAGAAGCCCACAGUGAUGAUUCCUCCACUGAUAGAGGGACAGCAGAGCACACUGACCUGCACUGCUCCUGGUCUCUGCUCUGGAUCUGUUCCUACAAUCACCUGGAUGUGGAGAAGAGCAGCAGAAGAUGACUCUCUUCUCAGAGGAAACAUCACUGGUUACCAGACUGAGGAUGUGACUGCUGUCACACAGAGACACAGCUCAACUUUGACCUUUAACUCUUCAGCUGAACACCACGGCUCCAGUAUCAGCUGUAAGGUCAGCUUCACAGGAGGAGCAACUACAGAGGAGACAGUAACUCUUAAUGUGACCUAUGUGAAGAAAAUUGAAAUCACUGGAGACAGAAGUGUGAAGGAGGGAGAGACUCUGAAUGUGACCUGCAGUGUUGAUAGUUUCCCUCCAUCAUUUAUCACAUGGACUAAAUAUUCUGAAGAAUCCAUUCAAAAUGUAACAGGAGAUAAUCUGCAGAACAACACUGAUAUGAACACUUUGUUCAUCUCUAAUGUGACAACAGAAGAUUCUGGACAGUACAUCUGCACAGCAAAACAUCUGAACAACACCCUGAUGGAGAAAGUCAACGUGAACGUGAUAUAUCAAAGAACACUUCAAAUAUCUGGGGAUAGAACUGUUAAGGAGGGAGAGACUCUGAAUGUGACCUGCAGUGUUGAUAGUUUCCCUCCGUCUCUUAUUACUUGGACCAAACUGAGUUCCAACACAAUCCUACACAACAACACUGGAUCAGCUUCACUUGUCAUCUCUGAUGUGACAACAGAAGAUUCUGGACAGUACGUCUGCACAGCAACACACCUGAACACGACUGUGACUCUACAUGCUGAUGUGACUGUGACUUGUCUGUUUAAGAUAUUAAGCAGCUCUAGAUGUGAGGUCCAGUCAGAGGUCCUGACCUGUGUGUGUAUCACUGAGGGGUUUCCUCUACCCACCAUCAAAUGGCCACUGUUGGAGUCCCACACUAAAUACUCUGUCAUGACCACUGUGUCAGACCACACAGUCAACAGCAGCAUCAUCCUGAGUGUUAAAGAUCAUGGUUACACUGAAGUUGAAUGUGUUGCCAGCAGUGACGUUGGAGAAGUAAAAAGGAACCUUGUCAUCAUCAAAACAGAUCAAGAAGUAGGUCUGCUGAGACAUCAUGGAUGUUACAGUGGAGUCCUUCUCUGGGCUGUUGCUGGUUCUUCUAUCAGUGUCAAUGUCCUCUUCAUAAUCUGCAUACUGGGACUUUGGAACGCAAGAAAGAAGGUGAAUCCAAAUGAAGGGGACAGGACGUACAUGUCAUUACAAAAACCAGAUCCAUCCUCAGAGUAUGAGGUGAUUGCCCUACGUCAAAACUAAGAAGUCUUUCAAGGAUUCAAUGGAUUAGAAUGAUGUGAUGUGAAGGGUGUUUGUAAUAGCAUCAUUCAGUUAGUUUAAAUGUCUGCAUUUAAGGUUUUUUCAUACCAUGUGAGUGAGUACACAUUCAACUGAUCUGUUCAACUUCAGCAUGUAAUAUUUCAUGGAUAUUAUAUUUCUACACUGGUUUCAACAUAUUUCUGUAAUUAUCAUUUUUAUUUGCACAGUAAAAGUUGUUACUUUUGUUUCUAUUAUUUGAGUUCAGUUUGAGGUUUGUUUCCAUUUAAUAAAAUGUACAUGUUUUGAGAAUGUCAAUAACAUCCUGAAAUGUGUGAUUGAUAAAUUAUCAGUGGGUCAUGUUUUAUUAGUUAACACAGCACCUUGCUGGAGUAAAUAAACCUGUAAAUAAGUGGUUUAGCAGCUACACCUCUGUAAAAGACAGCAGCCAAUAUAACUAAUCAGUGACCUUUAUCACUGAAUGUGCUAAGUGUUACUGAACCUCAUGGUGUCAUCUGUAGAGAGGUGUCUGCUCAGUUUAUGUUGUAUAUGUUGUUGUUUUUAUAUGAAUGAAUCAUCACAUCAGCAUGUUUGUUUUAAUCUGGGUGUCUCUGCUCUUCUUCUUUGGUAGCAAUGGUAACACAAGUACUGUUUUACAUCUUCUCCUUUAUUGUCUUGCAGAGCUGUCAAGAUUAAAUAUGUAUUAUCACAUCUGA